UUACUUUGAGGUUAAGACAAUUUCAAAAUUCCUGUAAUUUAAAAUAAUUUACUACGGUCAAAAUGAAUUUUAUAAAGCAACGAGCGCGUUCUCGGAGAAACUCUAUAAACAUAAUUUCGGCUACAGACAAGUGGAAAAAUAUCAAUAGAAAGAAAUCACGACGCGACGUGGAUUCAGACUCAGAUGAAGAUGAGGACGAAGAAGAUGCCAGGUUGAGUGAUGUAGACUGGGAACAGGAAUUCUUCCAAGAAAGAUUAAACCGUCUCUCUUCUGAUCAAGAUAUCGAAGUACAGCUUACCAAGAAGCAAACAUUACUGUUAGCCACGUUACUUCCAGACGAGAUCAUACAAACGGAAAAUUUUGAUUCGACUGAACCGAAACGAUUCGUUGGCGUGCUCUUGAUGGCCGACGUGUCGGGAUACACCGCACUGUCCGAGCGCUACAGUGCCACAGGCAAAGGCGGCACAUACCGCUUAACUGCUACACUUAACGCGUACCUCGGCUCCCUCAUAGAACUUAUAUACAACCACGGCGGAGACAUACUGAAAUUCGCAGGCGACGCCUUUUUAGCACUGUGGAAAACUGAUAAACGGUCUUUUCUAUGCCAUACCAUACACACAGCGAUAGCAUGCGCACUCCUAAUACAACAUUCGUUUUCAUCCUAUGAAACUGACGUCAAAGUAAGUCUCAAAGUAAAGCUAGCUAUCUCAGCGGGCAAUUUAAUUUUUGCCACAAUCGGUAGCAAAAUACCUAUGAAUUACGUUAUUUUUGGGCUACCGGUAAUCGAGGCUAAAUUAGCCGAAAGCCUUUGUACUUCAGGUGAAGUAAAGUUAACGCCUAACGCCUGGGGCCAUUGCUAUUCACGAAAUUACGACUACGUUAUUGAAGAAAACGGGCACGUCACAAUUAAAGCCAUUUUAUACGAUCCUCGCGAGAAGGACGUUUCAAAACCUUUUGGGGGACUAGGGGCAAUGGUCAAAACCAAAAGAAAUUUCGCUGCUAUUGAAAAUCUUCCAGAUUCUGUAUGGACAUCUCCAAAUGGUUUAAGUGCUGAGAAUGCAAUAAAAUAUGAAGCGCUUACUUUUAGACAAAAGAUUUUACUUGCUGAGGAUCGUAAUAUAGGGCCAGAUUUACGAAAGUUUAUGAUUCGUCCCGUGCUCACUCAGCUCGACGCGCUGCAGCCUUUGGAGUACCUCACGGAAAUGAGGCAAGUAUCUGUUUUGUUUGUAACCCUCAAACCCAGAAGUUGCCCGCAUCAGCAGCUCAUCACAAUAGUCAACAACUCCUACGAGACUAUGUGUGAAAUCGUUUAUAAAUCAAUGGGAUGUGUGAAUAAAAUCAUACUGUUCGAUAAAGAUGUGAUGAUUUUAAUUAUUUUUGGCUUGCGAGGCUUUAAACAUGAAUCUGAGGCUCAAGCUGCAUUAAAAUGCGCAUGUGGUAUAAAAAAAACUGUCGCUGCUCUAGACGGCGUGCGAGAGGUAUCUAUCGGGGUGACCACCGGUCAGGUGUACUGCGGGGUCGUAGGGCAUCCUUUGCGGCGGGAAUUUACUGUAAUAGGAGCCACCGUCAAUAAAGCGGCAAGGUUAAUGUGUUACUUCCGUGACAAAAUAACAUGCGACGAAUCGACCUUCGUGAAUAGCAAAAUGUCCAGUAACGGAUUCACUCUGCAACCGACAGUUGACCUUAAAGGUAUUCUGCAUGCAGGUAAAAUUUUUGAAUACAGUGAAGAUAUACGAGUUAAAGAGCUGUUCGAUAUUCCGAUGAUACCACGGCUUCUGGACCGAGCGGAUGAGAUGGAAUACUUUGAAAAUUGGCUCGAUGAUGCCCAUCAUGCUUAUAGAGAUUUUGACGCUCUUUUGUUGGUUGGUGAACCAGGUAUAGGAAAAACUCGAUUAAUAGAGUGGAUGGCCCGGUAUGCGCGAGGGUGCGGGCACAACGUGUGCUGUCUCGCAUUGACCUCGAUACAUUCAGCAACUCCAUACUUAGCUCUAACUCAAAUAAUCAAUCAGAUAUUAGGGCUUUCAGAACCAAUUGAAGAUUUCAAAAAAGAAGAGAAAAUCGUACAGCUAUUAAAAGUAUACGACGAAGAUCUUUGUUUUCUCAAUGACGUUAUUAAGUCUCGAUUCGCGUAUCACGAAGGAGUAUACAGCCAGGAUGCAAAACAACGUGAAGAAAAAGCCAAAAAUAUAUUCUCAAAACUAAUGCAAAGCAUACCUGAUACACACGUCAUAUUCUUAGAUGACUUACAAAGCUUGGAUCAAGUUUCAUGGGAGUAUAUCUCUAUAAUGAUAAAUUCACAGAAAAUAUUUACCAUAUUAACAGUGCGACGAGGAAAGGUUAGUUCUGUACAAGAAUGGUUGUACAAUGUCUUUACCAACAAUAAUAUAAGGAAAAUAUUUUUAGGCCCACUUAGCUCAAAAUGGAUUCCACCACUUGCUUGUCAAAUAUUAGACGUGGCUGCAGUUUCCAAUGACUUAUGCAAAGCACUACAAUUGAAAUGUAAAGGAAUACCUGGAACCAUGGAACUGUUCAUUAUACAUCUAUUCUCCAGCGGCGCUCUAGAAAUAAAGAAAAUUCAAGAGCAAGAACUUGACGAGUACCGCAACGACGAAUUACAAUUCCCACCAGCUGAAUUUUUACAUCCACAGGCAUUAAAUAUAAGGGACCAGCCUACUCUUGACCAUUUGAUAGAAGAAAAUAAAACAGAGGAAAUAGGAAUUUGUAGUGUAACUGAGAAAGAGCAAUUGAAUACAAACAUGAAUGUAGAAACUACAGAUGCAUUGAUAAUGAUGCAAAUUGACGCGCUUACUCCUUAUCAACAACUGUUGUUAAAAAUUGGCUCUGUAAUUGGAGAUGUAAUGUCACGAGACCUAUUAGAAAAUAUAAUGUACGAAAACAAUACAAUAACAACAGCGAAGGCAAUCAAAAGAUUCUUUGCAAUGCAAAUUUUAACUUGUGCAAAUACAAUAAACAGUAAUAGAUGGCACCGUAGGGCCACUAGGGCUUCGUGGAACAACAGCAUCACGUCAAUAGCUCCGUUGCUAUCAUGCGAAUGCACUUUUGAUUUCGAUCCUGAAUGCAGUUUUGGUUUACCCAAAUACGCUUUUUGUAAACUAUUAAAAUUUAAAGGUAAAAAAAUGAGAAAAACAUUUUAUGAGUUACUUCCAAUGAAUCAAAAAAAGGAAUUUCAUGCACGCAUCGUUACUUAUCUAGAGAGUAACAAACAUAAAUGUCACAGUUGCGGUGGAACUAUUAUGGUUGUUCAGUCCCUAACGGAAUUAGAGAAUGAAGCCGAAAAACAUAUAUUCAAUGAAAACUCCAAAGGUGAAGAUGACGAAGAUGAAGACAACAAUUCUAAAAAAGAAAAGGAUAUAAGCGAAGACUCAAGAAAUAAAAAUACAGAACCACGUUAUAGUACUAGUGCUGCAAAUGUACCAACAGAAUCGUUACAUGCAAGUUUCAUAUCAGAUUCACAAACUGUUCCAAUUUUGAAAACUAACAAAGAGGAUUCUAUACCGAGACGCCGAUCCACUAAGAGAGUGACUGUUUCCAGCUUUGUCUUCAAAAAUAGUAGCAGCUAUCAGUUAGACACAUUUAAUGUGUUUGAUAUGUUGCGUAAGGUGACAGAAGCAGAAAGUAUGAGCGACUGGCACGAACUCGGUGUCAUUGACAGCGAUGACGAAGAUCAUAAAAACAAAGAACUAUUUAGUAUCAAAAUAGAGAAAGGUGUUUCAGAAACAGAUUUCACUAGGUGUACUUGUGCUGAACUAAAAAUUAUAAUUUAUGAACAAAUGAUUUAUCACGCAAGUAUAGCUGAAAUGAAAUUUAAGGAAAUUGAAUUCACAAUUGAAUUAUGCUACCUAUAUCUACUUGCAAGUAAUGUAGAUGAUGCACACAUAAAACUAGAACAUGUUGAAACUUUGUGCAAUCUCCCAGAAGUUCACGAAAUUAUAGACUCCUGUGACAUAAAAAGAUUUUUAGGGAAAAUUUGUACUUUAAAAGCUGCUGCGUGUCUUGCAAUUGGAAAUCACUCUGCCGCCAAAGUGGCAAUCGGAAGGGCAGUGCGUAUUUACGGCAUUAAUCUUGAUAAUGUAGCGGAAUUCCUUAAAUUGCGUACUUUAGUAGAUAAAAUUAAAAUAAAAAGAAAGAAAUAUCGAUUAAACAAGGCAAAGAUGACAGCGGAUUCUAUCCUGUGUUUAAAUAUUUGUACUUUACUGUAUUCCGCCUUAGGAGAUGGAACUGCAGCCAGAUUAUAUGCAUAUAGAGCGCUAAAAUUAGUACAGAAAAUAGAAUGCAAUGUGACAGACAUGUGCGACGUGUUUAGCAACGCUAUACAUGUAGACCUCGUAUUGGGAUUUAUAGAGCCAACAGCUGAUACACUGCGUAUAGCGAUAUCGAAAUUACAGAAUUUGCCGCAGCCUUUUCAGUCAGGAGAUUUGUAUGCUCUUGGGAAAUUGUUUAUGGCUGUGUUUCGUGCAGGGGUGGCGCGCAGCGCGCUCGCUUCGGCUAUAAAAACAGCUUUUCGGGCAAUGGCUGUCAGUCGAUUUCUUCGUGCCUAUAAUGUAUCUAUGGAGAUUAUACCUGAUUUAUUUUACAUUUUACUUUGUCGCCGCCGCAUUACAGAAGCGGUCGACGUUCUCAAAGAAGCUUCGAUCAUGAGUAAAGAACGCAGUUCAUUGGAUUGCGAAACAUGGUAUUAUGCACUGUGUAUAGAUCUGAUAUUAGACACCGGGUUCCAGCUGGAGACACCUACUGAAAUAAGUAGAUACGCUGAGUAUAUGAUACAAACCCCCGAGUCGAAUGCUGGACGACGACGUCUCAUGGCGGGGCUUUGGACAUAUUGGCUACGAGCUGACCAGGAAAAGAGAGCCAAAUGCUUUGAAGCCGAAGUUUUGGUAUGGGUGUCACGAGAAGAAGAAGACGGAUCUUUAACGACUCUCAUAAGUUCAAUGCGAUUAGCUGAAGGUAUGCUGGAAAGUUUAGCAAGGAAAAUGGAUGAUUUGCGAAAGGUAGUUGAUCUCAUGGAACUGCGUUCUUUAGCGGACCAGAAGCUGGUUUCACUGGAACAUGAUGCAAAGAUGUGCCGCGUAAUUUAUCCCAGGUGGAUUACAUUAAGAGCCAACUCACUAUACUUGUCAGGCCGUCGUUCAGCAGCAACCACUGCAUUUAAUCAGGCCCUUGAGGAAGCUCGCAAGGUUCAUAACCGACUGGAAGAAGCCAUCACCCUGGCUGCGACCGGUCAGUCGACGAUUUGGCUUUCCAACGCUAAGUCUGGACGCUUCAUAACCUGGCGGGAUGGAAAUCAACUCGCGCGGGAAUCGUGGCAUCGAUAUCUUUAUAGGAUAACUGCUAUUCGAUAACGAAUAAAGUUGGUAGAUACCUAUUUUCAAGACGU